AUGACUGAUCAAAACUAUGAUAGUCGGGUUGGAAUUGAAGCUGACAAGUUUCCAUGCAAAACAGAAUGGGCCGAUGUUGAAAAGGAGGUCAAGUUGUCAUGCCUCUUAGGUUCUGAAUCUGAGAAAGGCUUUCUCAAUUUUUGUGGUGCAUUUGUUGGCUCUGGAGCAUACCCGCCUGUCUUACUCAAGGAAUGGAAGAGCUAUCAAGAACGUUGUCCUGAUAAAGUGUACAAUCCAAGUCCAGGUAAAUUUUCUCGGCGGCAGCUGUAUUGCUGUAUGCUAUCUGGCCAAGCUGGCAAAGAUCUUGAGAGUCUUGAUCUCAUAAACUGGCAGGAGGCUAUAAGUGUGUUCUCCCAGGUGGCUCAUACAUUGAGUCGAGCUGAGAGGGAUCAUGAGUUUGAGCAUUGGGACCUUCAUUGGGGUGACAUCACAGUUCAGGGUCACAAAUCUGCACCUGAAGCUACAGUUCAGACAAGAGGAAGCGGGCGUGCCAGUAAUGGAGAUACCUCUGCUGAUGAACUUGUCAACCUCAUGGCAAAGACAGCAAUUGAAUCUUUGACGCAGGAUCCACUGAGUUCUGCCAAGACAAAAAUCUCAGUCACUCCCCUAGACUUUGGACUAUCACGAGCAAGAUUCCAAAUUGAUAAAAGUCGGUCUCACGUCAUCUGGACUGAACCGGAUCCUGACAUUUUUGGUGGUACGGCAGAAGCUUUCUAUUUCCUUUCUCCCAUCUCCUAUACUGAGCCAUUGCACUUACUGAUCAUUGCACGUUGUUCAGCUGCUAAGUGGUUACAUUAUCUCUCUCAAAAGUUAUUGGACGAGAAAAGCUUAUCACCACCUCGGAUUUCACCAAGUGGAAACAGGGGUUCUUCAUCGGCCAAAAGUUCUUCUGAUUCACAUUUUGAACAAACUUGUUUUAAGCUUCUUCAGACUGCUGGAAAGAAGCUCUCUGAUGCAGUCAAAGCUGAAAUCAAAAGUCAACGUCGUCAAGCAGCGUGA